UAUGAAAUGUUAUUUUUCGUGUUGAUGAAUGGUAAAUAUGGGAGUGCAAAUAAUAAUAUCAGGAGAAUCUCAAUGCGAAUCUUUUGCGAAAGUAUGCGCAAUUGCUGACUAUAUUUCUCAAAAUCUACCUAAUUUUUGUUAUAGGAUAAUUGAAAAGUCAGUGUUAGAGUGGAAGACUUGGCUUUGUAAAAUAAACCUUAGAAAUAAAUGGCAUCACAACGAAUCUCCAUUAAUAUGGAAAGAGUUAUUGAUUGAAGGAAGCAAGCCAUAUUACAUAGGUGGAGCUUCAGAGUUUUUAGAUUAUUGUUAUUCGUAUUAUCAAUUUGAAACCUAUGUCUCCAGCGAAAGAUUCGAAGGUCUUAUAGAUAAUUUUAAUCAAUAUAAGAAGAAAGUAAGAAAAGACGAUAAUAUUGAUGAUCAGGACAGUAAGGGCCCUGCAGAAGACCAAGCUAAAAAUCUUACUGUUUGUAUUUCGGGAGCCAGUCAUCCACUAUCUAUGUACAUAAUAUCUGGUCUAUUAGAUAUGCCUCUCGGGAACAAGAGUAUGGUAAAAAUUUUUAUUUAUGACAAAGAUUAUUCCCAAACUUUUUUGGAGUAUGUGGAAAGUGAGUGCAGCUAUGUGGGUAAUAAUUAUCCUGGUAAAGUCGUAAAGUAUACAAAUAAAAUGGGUAUGGCACUUGCAAGUUGCGAUUUAUUGAUCAUAAUGGAUUACGUGCCGUUUAGUGUCGACUUAUCCAUUGGCGAUUGGCUUGCCAUGAAUGCUCACGGUCUAAAAAUAUUAGCCCCUAUGAUAAAUGCAUCUGCCUCUCGAAACAUGUAUAUAGUAUUACCUAAUCUUGGACCAGCUUGUUACAAUGCCACUUUGUUGACAAAAAUACUAACAAGUAUUAAUAAAAAAAACAUUGUGGUGGUGACUUCGGAUUUGGGAUUGGAAAUAGCACCCAUUGUGGCUGAAGAAGCUGAAAUAGAAAUGAAGGACAUGUUUUGUCCACCCGUUUGGGGAUUUGUAGGCAUAAACCAUCUUGUAGAUGUUAAAAACACAAUUCAUAAGUAUAAUGCUUUUCAACCAUAUAACAGAUAUGUUAAAGUGAGGAAAUCAUCGUUAUGUGUUGGAGUACUAACUCCCGAAUUUAGAACACUAGAAUACCUUUUGCAUUUCAAUGAAAAUUUGUGGACGAAGUUGUUGGAAGCUAAGAAAAAAGCUAACAACGAGGAGUUAUCGAUUAAUAAAGCUAUAUCAUUACUAAAAUUUGUUCAAUUAUGGCUUUCUGGUCCAAAUUCGGACGAUGUUCUAUGUCUGGGAGUAGUAUGUAAUGGAUCUUUUGGGUUAUCUUUUGACGGGGUUUUUUCCCAACCGGUAAAAUUCACUGGAGGGUUUUGGCAGCCAGCGUGUGAUUAUCUAGUUCCAAAAGACCCCCAUAUGAAUAUUUUAUAUUUGGCAGAUAUGGCUAAAAAAAUUGUAAACCUUAGAAAAUCAGAAUUACCAAAAAUUGAUUCUUACAUUCCGUGUGCAUGUUCCAAAAGAAAUAAAAUAAUUAGUUUAGAACAAGAAGACCAGGAAAAACAAGAGAAAAUAAAGACUCAAGAAGAUAAGGUCCAGAAGUCAAUAAUUUUUACAGAGUAACAUUUCAAUUGUUUGCAAUGUUAAA